AUGGGAUAGAAGGGUCUAAUAGACCCAGGGGUCCUUUGGGCCUUGUAUGGAGAACUGAGACCAGGAAUGAACCCAGAAAGAAUGAAAGUCCCAGAGACCUGUUUGUCCUUGUCUCUCCUGCUCCUGUUUAUCACAGAAUCUCUGGUCCUGGCUGAGCCCCUGGAGCUGCUGGCUAUGCAUGUCCAACUGGAAAAUGUGACUCUUUUCUCUACUGACCAAACGCCUGGCCCAGUUGUAUGGCUAACUUGGAAGGCAAGUGGCCCUGCUGCUCCUGCAAAGGUCUAUAAAGCCCUGUUCCGGGCCCGGCAAUCUGCAGCAGGGGAGGUAGCAGGGCAGCCAGAUGGCCAAUGGAGUGAGUCCUUGCUGAUGGGUAGACAGAGUGCAGAACUUCGGGGCCUUAGCUGGGGCUAUGAUUAUGAAUUUAAGGUGAGGCCAUCUUCUGGUUCAGCCCAAGGCCCUGACAGCAACGUUCUCAUCUUGAGGUUGCCAGAGCAAGUGCCCAGUGCCCCACCUCAGGCUGUUACCCUGAACCCUGGAAAUGGCAGUGUCCUGGUCAGCUGGGAUCCACCUCCACCUGAGACUCACAAUGGCAUUAUCCGUGGCUACCAGGUCUGGACCUUGGGCAAUGCCUCACUGCCCCGUGCCAACUGGAGCGUGGUUGGUGGUCGCACUCAGCUGGAGAUUGUAACUGGAAUGCCUGGUUCCUAUUGCAUUCAGGUGGCAGCGGUCACUGGAGCUGGGGCUGGGGAGCCCAGCAGUCCUGUCUGCCUCUCCUUAGAGAAGGCCAACCGAGCCGCACGAGAUUCUGUGGGCCUGGGUCCCCCAACCCUGGAGCGGCUUCAAGAAGCACUGCGCCGGCCAGAGGUGAUCGCUAGUGGCGGGGCUGUGCUCUGGUUGCUGCUGUUGGGGGCUGCAGUUUGUAUUCACCGCCGGCGCAAGGCCAGAGCCCACCUAGGCAUGGGUCUAUACAGAUACACCAGUGAAGAUGCCAUCCUUAAGCACAGGCUAGACAGAAGUGACUCUCCCUGGCUGGCAACCACAUGGCGAUCCACCUCUGGCUCUCGGGAUCUCAGCAGCAGCAGCAGCCUUAGCAGCCAACUGGGAGGAGACACUAGGGAUACGUUAGACUGUCGGCGUUCCUUGAUUUCCUGGGAUCCUCGAAGCCCUGGUGUCCCUCUUCUCCCAGACACCAGCACCUUUUAUGGCUCUCUUAUGACUGAGAUUUCCAAUGGCCCUCUAAUCCCCCCAGGCCCCAGGGCCCCACCUAUCAGGCGGUUUCCACCUCAGCUGGCUAGGCUCUCUAAUCCCUGGCCUAGUUUGGACAGUCUCUGCAAUGCUCCAAGAAUACCUUCUCCCCAUCUCUCCUUGACUCCUACAGAAGCCUGGAGAAUAGUAAAGAAGCAGGAGCUGCAUCAGGCUAAUAGUUCUCCUCUGCUCCGUGCCAAUCACCCCGCAGGGCACUGGGCCUGGGAGCUGGCUGGUGCAAAGGACUUCAAGAACACUUCCCAAGUCCCAGGAGCUGUACCCCGUACUCUGGCUGCCUGGCGUGCCAUUGGACCCCAGCUUCUCAACCCCAGGAAUGAGCUGGCUUCGAGGCCCCUUCCCCCAGCACCCCCUUCUCCCAUCCGAGGGGCUUCCACUAAAGGCCAACAGAAUCAAUCCGGUAAAGACUUCAUAGAGCCUCAGAUUCCAUCCUCCCUGCCCCUAGUGGCAGCCAUCUCUCCCAGCCCCUUGGCCUCCUCCCUUUCUGGCCCCAGCCCAACCUCUAGCCGCCUGUCUAGCUCUUCACUGUCCUCCUUGGGAGAUGAAAGGGAUAAUGUGUUGACCCCUGAAGAUGUGGCCCUGUGCCUGGAGCUCAGUGAGGAUGAUGAUGAGACCCCCAGGAACAGUGGGACUCCUGUCCGAAGGGCCCCAUCACCACCUACCAGCUAUGGCUAUAUCAGCAUCCCAUCAGCCUCUGGAUUAGGGGAGGUGGAGGGGAAUGCAGGUGGAGCGGGACCAGAGGGAGGCAUUCUGCUAUGUCCACCUCGCCCCUGCCAUACCCCUACACCCAGUGAAGGCUCUCUGGCAAACGGUUGGGGUUCAGCCUCAGAGGACAAUGCCUUCAGUGCCAGGGCCAGCCUUGUCAGCUCCUCAGAUGGUUCUUUUCUUGCCGAUGCCAACUUUGCUCAUGCCUUGGCUGUGGCUGUGGAUAGCUUUGGCUUUGGCCUGGAGUCCAAGGAUCAUGACUGUGUCUUCAGUGAUUUCUCUCCACCUCCUUCACCUCAAGAUGACUUUGCCCUUACUUCUACCCUGACCCUGCCAGUGUGGGAGUGGAGUUCAAAUUGGAUUGAAGAGAUGGAGAAUAAAUACAGUCAUCGGCUAUGUAGGGGGCUACCUUCUUCUUCCCCUGAGAUGGAGAAGGGUCCAUCCAGAGGGAGGCAGAAGACUGGCCCUUUUGUCCCUAAAACCCAUGACUCUUGAUUGGGAAAAUGAAAGUCCCUAGAAAUGGUGUGGAAGCUGCUGCCUAUCUGCCUUCAAAUAUGGGGACAUGGAUAUUUGAAGUCUCUCCAGUGUUCUUCCACUUUCUGUGACUCAAGAUGCAACCCCUUUUCAGAGGUUCAACAGAGUUUCUCCCCUCCUGGGACUAAGGAAAUAGAAACACACAACUGGAGACCCUUAGGGGUCAGGAACAAACUCUGCAUUCCUAACCAUGCUUUCUAGUCUGGUCCCUGAAUCUAGACAUCUCUUCUGGAGGAAUAGACUCUCCUAUAUUUGCCCUUGGGAUCAGAGUAGUGAGUAAAAUGAGUUUCUUUUGUGGAACACAAUGAAGGGCUAUUAGGAUAGAGGGAAGAAUGGAUCAUCUCAGGCCUUCACUUCAUUCCCAUAGAUCCUCACUGCCUCCUUCCUACUGGGACUACAGGUAACAUUGUUUUUCCUUCCCAGGGCCGGCCAUCCUCCCAGGUCAAACCAUGUUCUCCCUCCCUUCCCUUUCAAACUCGCCUCCCAUCUCACCCACCCCAAGUGUAAAUAAAGAGAAAUGUUGCUUGAA